UUUGAAUGAACUUUUUGAAAAAUUACACAAAAAAAAUUAAAUAUGUUAAAUUUAACGAAAUAAUCGGAUUUUUCGAAUAAAAUCGUGAUUUUUUCAAAUCACGUCGAGUUUUUUUUUUUUUUUAUUUUUCAAAAAAAACUUCAAUUAAUUUGACAACUAUUUCCGUGAAGCCCGGAAUGGGCCAAAUUUUUUUUUUUAAUUGAAAAAAAAAAUGUCAAAUUUUCAAAAAUUGACAAAAUUUUUUUUUUUCGUAAAAAUUACUUCUUUAACUAAAUAAGUCCUAUUAAUCGAUUUUAAGGUAUUAUAUUGUCCACUAAUAAGCUUAGUCUGCGAUUAUGCUGCCUACGAUUCAAAUUUUAAUACAUCAAUUCGAUCGAUAAUCUAGAAUAUGAUAAAAAUAGCUUUACCCAUAGUCAAUUAAGCAGAUGUUACACGGUAGUAUGAUUUCAUUUGUAAGUGAAACUUUUGCAGUUUAAUAUUUUAACUAACCUAUAAAUCUGUUGUGCAAUCUAUUGUUUAAUGGAAGAUUCUAGUUGGUGCAUUUGUUAAAUAAAAAAAUUAUUCCUCUUCUUUAUACAUACUUUUCUGUUUUAAUCUUUCUUGAAGGAUCAGUUAUUUAAAUAAUAUUAAAAUCUCUAUUUGAUAAAAUAAAUUUAUCUAAACAUUAUGGAGUCAAAAACGCAAAUCUCUCGGUGUUGUAAUCCAUUCAAGUUAAAACCACAUAAUAAAACAAGUGGUUUACGUCAUGCGACUGAUAGUGUAAAAUUAUUGUUAAGUUUAGAUGAUUGUAGUUUACUAUGUAGUUCGUGUCGAAAAAAAGCUUCCGAAUUAGUUAAUCAACAAACGAACACUGUUGAUGUAAAUGAUCAUGAAGGCAAUAACUCUAGUGACAGUAAUGAAUCUAAUGAUCAGUCCGACAAUGAUAGCAAUACAACUGCCACAGAUCUCCCUUUAUCUACAUCAUUCCUAGCGAACCCCAAGGUUCUCAAUCAACAUCUGCAUCCCAGGUUAGCGCUGCAACUCAACUACCCAUAAUAAACCAAGCCUUACAACUGUUAAAUCAAUCACCAAUUCCAUCAAGAAAAUUGAAUAAUAAUCGAUUUCUGAACAACAAAAUAAAUCGAAUAUCUGACAGCUUGAAAAAAGUUUUGCUCUCUUCAACCGAUGAAGAGUCGAUCGAUGAUGAGUCGAUCGAUGAUAAUGCUGCAAAUUUUCGCUCUUUAAUUGAAAAGUUACACGACAAAUUCAACGAUAAAGACACAGAAAAAUCUGUAAAAAUACAAAUUUUAACAUUGCUACCUGAAAAUUGGAGUGAAAGAUAUAUCUGUGAAGUUAUGAAUACAUCAAGACAUUGGUCAAGGGUGGCUAAAAAUUUGGUUGAAGAAAAAGGUAUACUGUCAACACCUGAGUCAAAAUUAGGGAAAACAAUUACUAAUGAAGUGAAAUUAAAGGUUGAGAAUUUUUAUAACGAUGAUGAGUAUAGUGCGCCGAUGCCCGGGAUGAAAGACUUUGUUUCGAUUCGGAGUGAUGAUGGUAAUCGAAUCCACGUCCAAAAACGACUCAUUUUAUCUAAUUUAAAAGAACUGUACCAAUGUUUCCAUGAAACUAACCCUACAGAAAAAAUUGGAUUUUCCAAAUUUGCUUCUUUGCGACCAAAACAUUGUAUAUUAGCUGGAGCAAGUGGAACACAUACUAUUUGUGUAUGUACGAUCCACCAAAACGUUAAAUUGAUGAUGCUUGGUGCAAAUGUUUACUCUUUAACAAGAAAUACAGAAAAUCCUAUGAAACACUACAGUGAUUGCUUGAAUAUGAUUAUUUGUAAGACUCCAUCGUAUCAAUGUUAUUUGGGUGGAUGUAAGAACUGUCCGGGGGUAGAUGAGUUGAGUAACAAUUUAUUGACAUGUUUUGAGGACCAAGAAAUCGAAAAUAUUACGUAUAAGUAUUGGAUAUCAAAACCAAGAUGCAGUUUAGAAACUUUUAUUAAGCCAGCAGAAGAAUUUGUCGAAAAUUUUUGUGGCGAAUUAAAGACUCUUCUUCCUCACACAUUCAUCGCUAAGGAACAAGCAAAAUUUUUAAAAACAUUGAAAGAAACAUUACAACCAAAUGAAUUUGUUGUCAUUUGUGAUUUUUCAGAAAAUUAUGCGUUUGUAGUGCAGAACGCAGCAUCUGGUUUUCACUGGAAUAAUGACCAGGCCACUGUUUUUCCGGUGGUUAUUUACUAUAAAGUAAAUGACAAACUUGAACACAAGAGUUUAGCGAUUAUUUCAGACUGUAAUAAUCACGAUGCUGUAGCUGUUCAUGUUUUCAUCAAAUUAAUAACCGAUUAUAUAAAAGACCUUCCUGAACGCUGCAAUAAAAUUUAUUAUUUUUCUGAUGGGGCUCCUCAACAGUUCAAAAAUUUCAAAAAUUUUGUAAAUUUAUACUAUCAUGAAGAGGAUUUUGAUAUUCCUGCUGAAUGGCAUUUUUUUGCGACUGCCCAUGGUAAAGGGCCGUGUGAUGGGAUUGGAGGCAUCCUCAAACGAUUUGCAGCAAGAGCGAGUCUCCAACUUGCAGUUGAUAAGCAAAUAACAACGCCUAUCGGAUUUUUUGAAUGGGCAUCUGAUCCAGAUAAUUUGCCAAAUAUUAUGGUCAAGUUUUCACCCAUUGAAGAUUAUGAAGCAGCAGCAAAUGAUUUAAAUGAACGAUUCUUAAAAACCAAACCAAUUGUAGGCACUCAUCAAAUACACUGUGUAAUUCCGGAUAAAAAUGGUUAUUUGAUAGUUAAAAACUUUUCAAACUCGAAUGAAUACAGAAUUUGUAAAAUAUUUAAGCGUCAGAGAGAAAAUAAAUAAAUAAUUGAUGCAUUAUUUUCGAAAUCAUUGAGAAUUAACUGUAUUAAUCAUUAAUCCCAGUCAUUAUAAUGGCACGUAAAGCUUGUAGGUAAACUAUAUAAUUUCUAAAAAUCGAUGGAUCGGACUUAUUCAGUUAUAGAAGUAAUUUUUACGAAAAAAAAAAAUUUUGUUA